AUGCUCAGGCGCCGGCUCGCGCUCUGGGCGGCUUCCAUAGCUGCCAUACACACAGCCACAGCCUCAGCAGUCCCCUUCCACGAACUAUUCCAACGCCAGUCGCAGCAAACACAAACAUCAUCAACCUGCGCCCCCAACUGGAACCGGUGCAAAAACCCCGACUUCCCCGACUACUUCUGCUGCGGCGCCAGCACCACCUGCAUCGCCCUCGCCGCCAACACCACCGUCCUCUGCUGCCCGGCCGGCUCCGACUGCCUGCGCAUCCAGCCAGUGCCCUGCAACCUGCAGCUGCAAGAUGGCAAGCUAAACCCGGAUGCCGUCAUCAAGACCACCGCGCUGGACGGCAAGCUCGGCAAGUGCGGCGACCAGUGCUGUCCCUUUGGCUACUCGUGCGUCGACCGCUUAUGCGUGCGCGAUCGUAACCAGAACGCCGCGCCGAUCGGGACGGGCGGGGGCAAACCCAGCGCUACCACAACGACAAAAGGCGGCGCCAACCCGACAUCAACGGGCACCGGUGAUCCCACAGCUAACCCAACCGGCGGUAACUCCUCCGACAACAAUAACAGCAACAGUAACAGCACCCCCGUAGCAGCCAUAGCAGGCGGCGCCACAGCCGCGGGUGUCAUCAUCAUCGGCGCCGCCGUCCUAGCCUUCAUCUUCUUCCGCAAACGAAACAAAGACUCUGGCGAGAAAGGAAACCGUCCAGGGGGUAACAGCCCCCCCAAACUCUCCCGCUCCACCUCCUCCUUCGGCAACCUCAUCAGCAACCCCAUCGUGGCCGACAACAGUUUCCGCACCGACUUCGCCCGUGGCCCGGGGCCGCGCACCCCACCGGAGGAUCCGGAUUCUGUUACCGGGGCGUUGAUUGAUUCGAGUGUGAACUCCCCUGAGGCGGGGGCUGGUGCGGGCGGUGCUAUGCCGGCUGUUCCGUUGGCUGCUGCGUUGGCGGGACACCAACAACAGCAAGGGGCAUACGGCGGAUACGGCAACCUCGACCCCGGACCCGGUGCCGGACCACCACCGCAACAAGCGCAACAGCAACUCCAACCGGGGCAGCAAGAUAAAAGAGAGAGAGAACCCAGCUCGGUAAGCAUCAACGUCUUUGCCGAUCCGAAUAUUACACCCGAUCGUACACCGGAGACAAAUGCGGAUGAAUACACGCAAAUGACCUCUUUCACGCAGAUGUUGGAUAAGGCGGAUUUGGGGGGCAUGGCGAGGGGGGAAUCGUUUUUGGAUGCUUAUGCGGAUGAUCAUGAUGAUGGGCGAGGGAAUGGGGGGCUGGUUCCGCCUGUGCCGAGGAGGUGA